UGGCAGCAAGUUGAUCUGAAGAUGUCCGCCAGGGUGCUGUGGGGCAGCUUCAGCCUGCUCCGCCUGGUUUGGUGUCUCCUUCCGCAGACAGGCUACGUGCACCCAGAUGAGUUCUUCCAAUCACCCGAGGUCAUGGCAGGUUCAUCUGAGGGCUGAGGGAACCCAGAUCUGGAACGCUCCCUUGUGAGAACUUCUCUGCCAGGUGGUGUAGGACACACCAGGUUGAGAAUGAUUGCUGGGGACCUUGAAGCUUUUCAGAUGCUGUCAACAAUGGUUUCCACCCCCUGAUUCAAGACGGCUGCUUGAGCUCCAUUCAUCAAGUCUAAAACUAAGUCUUUCCAGACUGCAGAGAAGAGAUGGGCAUGCCUGCUCUCCUUAAAGGCAUAUUUUGAAAGUCACAUACUUUCUGCCCAUUUCCUGUAGGUCAGAAUGUGUCACAUGACCACUCCUCACUGCAAAGGGAGCUGGACAAUACAGCCUUUAUACCUGACUAAAUACCCAGCUAAGAGACCUAGGAAAGAGGAGGGAAUGGAUACUGGGGUGACACCCAGCUAUUUCUGCCACAGAGUUCAACAGGUGGAUUUGUUUUUUAAGUAGAAAUGUCUCCUCUUUUCCACACCUUUUGUUUUUUUUUAAGCUGAGCCAGUUAAAAGCAGCCAGGUUGAUCUGGUCCUGGAUUUUCUGUUUCCCUCUCACCUUUUGACAUAGAGAAAACAGCCAAAAGGCUGGAGGAUUAAGUGGCAGAAGCUAAGAGCCCAGAACAACCCAAGUUUGAGAUGUUGUGGGGCUUGGAGCUGAGAUGCAGAAAUUAAGAGUUUGUUCCCCUCACCCCCAGCCUGCAGAGCUCUGGGCCACUGGGGCACGGGGCACAGACCAGCCCCAGGCAGCAAGUCAUUUUUAAUUACAUAAGUAUUGCUUCUUAUAACAAUUUAGGUAUCAUAGACAAAAUUAAAGUCAUUUUUACAUAACCACAAUUGCUCAUUCCCUUCCCUCAGUCUCAAACUGCCUAUCCUGGAUGACAAUCAUAGUCACAGAGAUGGUCUUUGACUCUGACUUUGGAGCCUCCACCGGCUCCUCUCCAUACACUCUUGUCACCUCACUUCCCAGCUGUGGUUUCCCCUGUCCCCUUCACAGGUGGGACCUCGGGAGGGCUGAGCUCUCCUAUGUUCAUUUCUAUUGCUGUAAACAAAUCAUCACAAACCUAGCAGCUUACAAUGGCUAGUUCACAGUUCUGUAAAUCACAAGGCUGGCAUGGGCUCUCUGUUCAGGGUACCACAAGGUUGAAAUCAAGGCAUGGACUGCGCUGAGUUUUUUCUGGAAGCUCUGGUGAAAAAUAUGCUUCCAAGCUCGUUCUUGUUAGUUUAUUGCCACUGCAGAACUGAAGGCCAUGAUUCCUGGCUGGCUGUCAGCCAGGGGCUGCUCUCAGCAACUAGAAGCCACCUCAUUCCUUGCCAAUGGCUCCCCCCAUCCUCAAGCCAGCAGCGGUGCCUCAAAUCCAUCUCACAGUUUAAAUCUCUGACAUCCUCUUCUGCUACCAGCUGGAGAAAACUCUGUUUUUAAAGGGCUGUGUGAUUCUGUCAGGCCCACUGGAUUUUCUACCUAUUUUGUCAUCACCUGUGAUGGAACCUAAUCACAGGAGUAAAAUCCAUCAUCUUCACAAGUAUGGUGAAGGAGGACAUCCUGGGCAUAGAGGCCGCACGGCCCUGGGAGUUUCUCCCCAGCAGCUCCUGCCGCACAGUGGUCUUCCCACUGCUGACCUCUGGCUCUGCCUUCUGGCUUCUCAGGCUCUGGGAAGAGUGGGGGCUGUGGCCUGGCCCCAUGAGUGGCUACGCGCUGCUGGCAGGGCCCCGACUCCUCCUCACCACCCUCUCCUUUGCCCUGGACGUGGCUGUGUACCACCUGGCCCCCCUCUGGGAGGCGGAGCGCUGGAACGCCCUGGCUCUGCUGUCUGGUUCCUAUGUCACCCUAGUCUUCUACACAAGAACCUUCUCCAAUGCCAUUGAGGGACUGCUUUUGGCAUGGCUACUGGUACUGGUGUCUCGCCGUGUGGUUUGGAGCCCCACAGCUGAGCAGCCUGCCUCAGGCCCCUGGUGGCACAGCUGGCUUCUCGGGGGCAUCGUGGUUGCUGGCUUCUUCAACCGACCCACCUUUUUGGCCUUUGCUCUGGUCCCCCUCCUUCUCUGGGGCUUUUGUGGAGUCACAGACCCUGGCUUCAGGUCGCUGACCAAGGAAGCCCUGGUGCUGCUGCCAGGGGCAACACUCACAGCAGUGGCGUUUGUGGCUGUGGACAGCUGGUAUUUUUCCAGUCCCUCUGCCAGUACCCUUGUCCUUACACCUGCCAACUUCUUGCAUUACAACCUGAAUCCUCAAAACCUGGCCAGGCAUGGCACACACAUGCGGCUCACUCACCUGGUGGUCAAUGGCUUCCUGCUGUUCGGGGUGCUGCAUGCCCAGGCCCUGCAGGCUGCCUGGGAACGGCUGCAAGCCUGCCUCCAGGCCUUUGCACACCUGGGCUUCCUGAAGUCACUGGGUGCCCGGAACCUGCUCUCCAGCCCCAGGUCUUGCCUCCUGCUCCUCUACUUCAUGCCCCUGGCCCUGCUGUCUGCCUUUAACCACCAGGAGGCUCGGUUCCUGAUACCCCUCCUGAUUCCCCUAGUCCUGCUUUGCAGUCCACAGACCCAGCCUGUACCCUGCAAGAGUAGCCUGGUCCUUUUCAAUGGCCUGGGCGCCCUCUUCUUUGGCUGCCUACACCAGGGUGGCCUCCUGCCUGGCCUGGAGCACCUGGAACAGAUAGUCCAUGCCUCUGUGCUCCCCAGCAUACCUACCCACUACACGCUCCUCUUCACCCACACCUACAUGCCGCCCCGACACCUCUUACACCUCACUGGCCUGGGGUCACCUGUGGAAGUGGUAGAUAUGGGUGGAACUGAGGACUGGGUCCUGUGCCAAGCCUUGAACAACUUCACCAAACAACCAGCCUGCCAGGUAGCCGGUGGGCCAUGGCUCUGCCGCCUUUUCGUGGUGACCCCUGGCACCACCAGACCUGCUGUGGAGAAGUGCAGCUUCCCCCUCAAGAGUGAGGCCCUCAUGUUUCCCCACUUGACCCUGGAAGAUCCGCCAGCCCUGUCUUCCCUGCUGAGUGGAGCUUGGAGGAAUCAUCUCAGCCUUCACAUCCUGGAGCUGGGGGAGAAGCCUGACAAUAUGACAGAAAAAACACUGCCCAUGAUUCAGCCAUAGGAAAGUGCCACUCCACUUCUAUAUGGGUAGCUGGGCUGGGCUGAUUCUCUUCCUUUCCUUUCCCUUCCAGAAUUCCCACCACAGCCUCUUCUGUGCACAGCCUUCGGCUGCUCUCCCUGACGGGUAAGCUGGUACCCUUUCCCCUCAAAGACCAAAAGUCUAAUGAAUCAUGGUCCUGAGGCCAAGGUCCCCAAAGCAGUGGAUGUAACCAGUGGUGCCUGAUGUUUGUUCCUAUUCAUUGCAGCCACUGUGAUAUUUUAAAUAUAUAACUAGCAUAUGGUUGUGCAAAGAGACAACGACCUAAUAAUAUUCCUGAAAAACAUCUCCCAAACCUUCCAGUAUGCCUUACCUUUGCUGUCAAGACAAUCCCUUGGCUUCCUAGCUACCUGGGGAGGCAGUGUAGUGGUUAAAAGAGCAGGUAGCUCAGAUUCAGGGCCCCAAGUUCUAGUACCUGCUUUGCCAAUCUCUGGCAGUGCAAUCUUAAGAAAGUCCCCUCCCCUCACCCAGCUUCAGUUUUCCAAUCUGUACAAUAGACCAGAGGAUCUCAAAGUAUCUGUAGCCAACACUGUGCUGUUCCUGGUUCUGUAGCACCUGUCCCCUGGCUAGACAGGUAUGUGUCUCCCAGAGCUCUUUAACAUAGAAGUGGAUGUGGUGGUGUAAUUAAUGGCACUUGGGUGCCUGCUGACUUAGUGUUCAGCUGUUACUAAAUGAAGUAGUUUUGGAAUCUCUCCCCCCUUCUCUUCUACUCCUGUCUCUGAGAGAGGUGGAUGGACUUUCUUCAUCUCACCCAUUAAGGACCAUUCUCCCAGAUUAGAGAGCCUACAUGUUCUCCCUACUCUGCCUGCCCCAGUGGGAAGGGAGAAUAUACAAAGCUCAGGCAGUAUCCAGCAGCACUUGAGGACACCCUGGUUCUCCGAGAGGCCUUCUUGCAUGUGGUCUGGGCACUCUCCAAGCUCAGAGCCCCCAUCUGACACUCUCCUCACAGAAUGGAGAGCAAACCCCAUGCCAAACCAACACAUCACACCCCAACACAUUGCUCCCCACAAUGUAACCCCUUGAGCAGUCCACUGGGAGUGGGAGGAGCUUGGCACUAACUCUGUCUUCAUUCUCUCCCCACAUUCCUACUGUCUCAUGAGAACCAGAGGCACGCAGGCCACAGAGGUCAGCAAACUGGAAGUCAGCACAGAGCAGGAGACCAAACCUACCCAAAUGCCCAAAGCAGAGCACUUCCCUAGUCCUGCCUUCCUCUGGCUAAAAGGUGGGUCCCCUUAAAGCCCCAGCUCGGCGGCAGCUGCUAGGGUUAGUGCCAAACCUUCCUCAUGACUCCAACCCCGGGGAGGAAGGAAGUCAGUGGUAUGCUGGUAAAUGUUUAGCAACCCAUUCUCUGGAGUAAAAAAGCCCCAGUUGGUAGUGUUUGGUUUCCAUGAUAUAAAUACUCCCACCAUGGCUGACUUCAAACUACUCAAAUGUUACUGAACUCCUAGUUGGAGGGAGAUGCCAAGGAUCUGCUCUUAUGCAUCAGUAUAAGCUGGAUCUAGCACACUACCAGCCAUUUUCCUCCUUUAAAUCCUAUAGUACCCAUUCAUGACAAUUCAUCAUUCUUGUGGCUUAUGUUUCUGCCAUGAAUCUCUGAUCUGUCUUCCUACCCCUAAUGCUUAGCAUCAUCUUUGGCACAUAAGCAUCUAAUUGUUUACUUUGCAGCCAAAGAUGGCAUUUAUACCCAACAAAUAGAAACCAAGUGCCACUUUGGAGCCACCACAGACUUGAGGGUCCCAAACCCUCUGGGCUUCUUGGAACUUCUUCCUUUUCCCUCCCCAAGUUGGAUCCACCACCCCAGAAUUCCCUGGAGGAAAUGUUGGUGUAGCAGUACAUGCAGAUGGUGGUGGUCUAAGCUCUAAUAAAGUUGUCUAUCAAGUGUGGGUAUCUAGAACUAUGUAGCUUCAAGGGGUGAGUUGGAAUUGUCCUGCAGGAUAGUGGGGUGGGUUGUUCUGUUUCUGUAAACUGGGUAGCUAGUGAGAUGACAAGCAAUGAAGCAGAGAAGCAUCCAAAUCACCUGUGGCUGGAGCAGAAGGGCCUCACUUUUCUGUCUGAUCCCAAACUUCGAUAAAAUGGAGAGAAUUGUUCUCAUAAAAAAUAAUAAGCAACUGCCCCAGUCUCUUGCUCCCCUGUUCUUACCAAGUAAGUUUAUCUAGAAGCUUCAUUGCUUCUUCUACUGCUCCCUUUUGUCUCUCAGUUAGAAGAAAACCUAAUAGUGUAUGUACUUGUUUAUUGAGGGUACUGGGCUGGACUGGGAACUGCUAACAAUCUGCUCUGACAUCCAGAGACCAAUGAAUGGGAUUGAGACCAGUGAGGCACAUAAGGCAGUAGGAUGAACAAGCUCUUUGGGCUCCUGACUUCCAAGCUCAGAGGAGAAUCCAGAGAGCCACCUCUGAUGGGAGGAUGCCAAACUAGGACUUUGGUCAUUAGGAGAGUGGGAUUUCGGUCCUGAAAGAGGAUUAAAUAGUACCUCUGAUGAGAAAGCUGGUGGAUGAGAUGUCAAAUCAGAAGUUUGACCAUUAGGUUAGUGGAGAACAAGCUACUUUAGCUUCCCCAUCCCCAGGGUAGGUCUUUCGCCCUAUCAAGCUCCCUGUUAUUAUGCCAGAGUAUAAAUUGUUUGGUCACCAAUUUAGAAGCUUCUCCUGUGGCUUCAAGCUUUCUAGAUUGCAUGAUUAACUGUGCAGCCUCAUUACAGAUCAGAAAUUCGGUCAGAAGCCUCAAGUGACAGGGUAUUUCUGUAUACAGUGGAUUUGCUAAUCAUUGGCACAUUAGCUGGACAAUAGUCUUUAGAUUAUAUUCCAGACCCUCUAAAAUAGGGAACAGAUAUCUAGAUAGCUUGUUUCAUGGUGGACAGCAGUCCCAGUGGCAGUAGGGUUCAAUGGUGACUUGGGCGGGGCAGGGGGAGGGGGUAUGUAUCUUCAGGGGCUGAAGGUCAGAGUAAAUGCUGCAGAGGGCUGUGAUUAAAGACUUAGGCCCUGGAGUCAAACACCUGUAUCCACAUCCCAUUCUGUAAGGCCAUGGGCAAUCUAAAUAGACUACCCCUCCUGUGAAAAUGCUUGUAAAGAAUAAGUG